AUGGCCGCCAUUGGCUUCUCCUUGCUCCUCGCCGCCGCGGCUCUCCUGGCCAUGUGGUGCUCUGAUCAUUGCAGCGGUGGCUUCGUCGUCGCCUCCGAUCCGAGCCCUCUGCAGGACCUGUGCGUCGCGGACAGGUCGUUCCCGGUGCGCGUCAAUAGCGUCGCCAGCUGCAAGGACACCAAGGACGUCGCCACUGACGACUUCUUCUUCUCCGGCCUCCACGUGGCCGGCAACGCCACCAGCAAGCAGGGCUCCGCCGUGACGGCGGUCAACGUCGCGUAGGUACCCGGCCUCAAUACGCUCAGCAUCUUUCUCGCCCGUAUCGACUACGCACCCUACGGUCUCAACCCCCCUCGCACGCACCCUCGUGCCACCGAGAUUCUUACUGUACUUGAGGGCUCACUCUAUGUUGGGUUCAUGACGUCCAACCUAGAUAACAAGUUGUUCGCCAAGGUUAUUAAUAAGGGUGAUGUGUUCGUUUUCCUUAAGGGUCUCGUUCACUUCCAAUUUAACUAUGGUAUAACGGAUGCCGUUGUUAUCGCGACACUAAGUAGCCAAAACCCUAGCGUUAUCACGGUAGCCAGAGUGUUUGGAUUGAAGCCGUCUAUCUCGGAUGAUAUCCUUGCAAAGACAUUUCAAGUAGAGAAGACAGUGGUGGACCAAAUCCAAGCUCAGUUCUAA